UGAACAAGGAAAUAGUUGUAAUAGAACUAUUUAUAUUUAAAUAUAGAACACUUAAAAUAAGUAAAAUACCAGUUUGUGUACGUGUGAUGUUAGCAAGCGUGCAAAUAGAGAACCGGUUGUUCUACUGUAUUUGAACAACCAAAUUAUGAUGUUGCCCAUCAAGGUCCUUGACAACAUAAUUUAUGCAAUCUUUUCAUGCAAAACAUGAGCAAACAUAAAAGUCCUCCUGUGCAAGUGAGACAUUGGGAUUUUCACCUGGUUAUUAUCGUAUGAAAGAUGUGUAUAUUUUUUUCCGCAACAAAGAGCAAGUAGCUGCUGUCGAAUACACUUGGUAGAUGCAUAAAAUAUGUGUAAUGUUCCUUGAAAGAAGUUCCAAAGAUCAGUUAUGCCCCUCCUACCUAAGCGAUGCAUCCUGGAGUACUUUGAACUUGCACCCUAUAAGGCAUUGUGUUUAUGUGCAGUUUAAUAUCAGGAUACAUGUAAACUGAAGCUUGAGCUCACCAUAAGAUAUAAUGAAGAAGACAAAGAAAAGAUAAGUGCAACCAAUUCAUUGAUGAUGUAUGUCCCCAUGUUUGUUACAGUGGUUAUUUCCUGUGAAAAAGUUACCUGCGGCUCAGUGGACAUCCGUCUCUCUGGGCGUGUUUAAGCUGUAAACAAAGGUGCUGAAGUGCAAUAUGAACUUUGCUUUCGCACACUGAGUUUUUUUUUUUCAGCACACCAUCAACACAUACACCUUGUUCUUUACACUUUUUUAAUCAGAGGGCUCUUCGCUCUUCCUGGAAACCGGAGACAAAGGACACUAUUGACAGUGGUCUAACUGGAAUUAAAGCAGAGGAUGAUGUGCAACUCUAGUCUCUCCAGGACUGUAGUGUGGGACAUUACGUUCUGAGGAACUUGGCUAACCUAGAUCAAACCACAAAAGAAAACUUCCCUCUUCCGUCAGGUCAGUGUAUCUCUUCAACAACACUUAAACCACUCCCACAGAUACAUUUCCCGUUUUAAAUGAAUUUCGCUGAUGUUUUUAAGAAGGCAUUGUAAAACAUUAGUGUGUAUCUGAAAAACAUUUUUAGCUUGUUAGGUGUUUUUCUGGAUGGUCAACAUUUUUUCUGAUUGCACAGCUUCAGUUAAUGUUUGAGUCGCCCCCAUGUAGUUGCUUGACUGACUGAACUACUUGUGAAAGUAUUUUUAAGUAAUUCCAAGACCGCUAAAAGAAGUCCGUCUACCAAACAUUGGUCAGAAGCGCUGGCACGAACAUUAGUUUAAUUAAGCUUGGGGAAAGGCAGCAUUCUGUGGAAACAAAGGUGUGGAAACAACUGCUGACAUUUCGACAGUCAUGUCUUGGCUUAGAGGGGCCAGGGUAAGCCUUGGCCUGCUGAAAUCAUGGUUGAAAUGGCGACGGCUGCUCUAUUUGUUUAAAACGGACGUGACCGGGUCAUGGCUGCGGAAUAUUCUUGCCUCUGAUGAAAAUGCUGAGAGGCUGCUGGUAGGAUGAGAGGCAAGAGGAAGGCAUGCUGCACGCAGAAUACCAAGCUGAAUACAGAUGAAAAUGCGGCGGCACAGAGUGUUCCUGCUGUGCACGGUGGGUCUAUGCGUCAUCUCCUUUCUCCAUUACUACAAGGCCCUCCAUUACGUCUCCCUGCUGCGUGAGCUUUCCGCUCCGUAUCCCAACAUCAAGUCCUUCAUCAUGGUCUCUGGCUUCUUCUGGAGGGAGAAGGGUGUCGCUGCCACCCCGCUAAGUCCUGCCCCUCCCGAAGAGGCUCCCCCGCUGCCCUCUCUCCGCCAGGGAAUCGUGAAUCCGAUAGAAAUGGCGGUGGAAGGGGUUGUGAUAGACCCAGGAACUCUGGAUGCUAAGAUAGGAGCACCUGGCAUUGCUGGCCUUAAACAUCUUGAGAGACACAAAGACAACUACCAUCCCAACCAUGUUGAACCCAACCUUAAAAAACCUCUCGUACACGGAGGAAAAGAUCCAUUGCCGGAUCCUAUAAAAUCUAUGGGAGACCUUCAUACCCGCACUCACCAGCUUCAAGACGACAGAACCUCUUAUUUUGUCCGUACAAGUCGUGGAGCCUAUUGUUUCAAACAGGGGACAGAGAUGGCAACCAUCAAGGAAUCCUCCGUAAAAGCAGGAGCGGGUGCGGCUAAUGACGUUUUGGAAGUAGGUAAAGCUGCACAGCGGAACACUCUGGGGCUUCAGCAGCAGCAACAGCCUGGAAAGAUGUUAAAGGGUAAAGGGCAGGCUUUGGGCAGCGGUAGGCAGCUGGUGAAAUGUGUUUGUCGGCCGGGAUGGCACGGACCUUACUGUGGGGUUCCCACCAUGGUGUACCACUCCAAUCUGCCGACAAAGGAGCGGCUGACGCCCAGAGAGACCCCGAGGAGAGUGAUCAACGCCAUCAACAUCAACCACGAGUUUGACCUGUUGCACGCACGCUUUCAUGAGCUUUCACAGGCUGUAGAUUUGUUCCUAGUAUGUGAAUCAAAUUUUACUGCCUAUGGAGAGAAACGGCCAUUGAGUUUCCUGCGUCUCCUUCUUAAUGGUACGUACAACUACAUCCGUCACAAGAUCCUCUACAUAUUCCUAGACCACUUCCCAGACGGGGGCCGGCAGGAUGGCUGGAUAGCCGAUGACUAUCUGCGUACGUUCCUGACGCACAACGGCUUGUCCAGGGUGAAGGGUGCUAGAUCCGACGACGUGUUUGUCAUCAAUGACGCAGAUGAAAUCCCAGCACAGGAAGGCCUCCUUUUCCUCAAAUUAUUUGAUGGCUGGACAGAACCGUUCGCCAUACACAUGCGAAAGUCUUUGUAUGGCUUUUUCUGGAAGCAGUUCGGGACUCUAGAGGUGGUGUCUGGCUGCACGCUGAGGAUGCUUCACGAUGUCUACGAUGGCGAUGGCAUCAAGCUGCGGCGGCGCGAAUACUACUCAUUGCCUGGCUUCCGCAAGUACGAGAACGACACGGGCCACAUUUUGGUGCAGUGGUCUGUAGGCAGCCCCUUCCACUUCGCCGGCUGGCACUGCUCCUGGUGUUUCACGCCUGAGGGGAUAUACUUCAAGCUGGUGUCAGCACAGAACGGGGAUUUCCCCAGAUGGGGGGACUACGAAGACAAACGUGACCUCAACUAUAUCCGGGAACUGAUCCGGACAGGGGGCUGGUUUGAUGGCUCCGUACAGGAAUAUCCCCCUGCAGACCCCAAAGAGCACAUGUACGCCCCGAAGUACAUGCUGAAGGACCGUAAACGGUAUCAAUACCUUCUAGAGAACCCUUACAAACACAAAGUCCAGACUGAAUGAAAUCUAGGAGAUCCAGUUUGAGAAAAUGCCUAAAAAUAGUGCCCAUGUGAGGCCUUCGCACUGAGCUCUGGAGGUGGGCUGAUACUAAUGAACAAAAUCCACAGACAACGAAGAUGUUGCAGUGAUUUAAAAUCUCUCAAAGGUAUUUUGGGGUUAAAAAAGGAACAUUGAAUGACAUUGAAUAUGGCUUUACUAGGAGAACUUGGAGAAUGGAACCACUGGAUGAACAAAAUCAAUGCUUUCUCCCUGACUAUAGGGAGAGGCCAAGCUUUUUCUCGUUGCCCGCUUCCUUUGUAUCUCAUCUGCCACUGGACACACUUGGGCUCUGUAACACAUGAGCACCCUAAGAAAAAAAAGCCAGGGAAGCAACAAGCGUUUUUUGUGUGUUCCUGUUUGCUUUCACUGAAGUUUACAGCCUGGCAGAUGCUCUGUUUUCAACCCUCACCCUCUGAUGUCUUCCUGUCAUAUUUGGUGACCUCCUUGCAGAGCCAGACACAUGUUCAGAAGUAAAACAUAAAGGCCUUUUUUAAGGUCUGCUGUGAGUACCUACAGCCAAAUGAGUGUCACAGGUUUCUGCUCACAUUCAUGUUCAUGCACCUUAAGCUCGUCUGUGUGGUUGUAAAUAGUGUGUGUGCUCUGUCUUUGUGCUGUUUGGACUAUAAAGAGAAGGAACAAAAUCAAUGCGAGUGAAGAGGGUUAUGAAGGAAAAAGUGUGGAAAUAAAAUUAAAUACCACAUGGAUGGCUGUGCCGAGUGGGAGUAUGUUUCCCAGAGCUUACCGACUGAUUUGAGUAAAAUCUUUUUAUCCCAUCAGGGAACAGUCAAGAAAAGUUGCGGGAAGAUAGCCCUUUAGUUUUCAGAUCUGUUUGUUUAACAGUGUGGACUGCUGAGUUUUCCUUGAAAACAAACAAAAAUGAAUGAUGGCGAACAGCGAGGAUGUUUACAUGAGUCAGCAGUGCAUAGAUGUGUCUGAACAUUAGAAAUCCUCUGAAUGCGCCGCUGCCAAUCUUUGAAUGUCUGCCUGUGGCACCUCUGAGCAUUUCCUUUGUUUCCUUACUUAUGUCCUUAUUUUAUAUUUUGUUUCUCUCAUUCUUCAUUUUUACAUUCUUUAAUUUCUUUAUCUUCCAGUGUUGGGUCAAAUGAGCUGAAAUUAGCCCCUAUUAUUUUCAUUAAGUGUCUGUUAGAAAAUUCACCAAUCAGUCAGCUAGAGAUCUGAAUCAGCCAAUUUUUAUAUUUCCCACCUUUUUAAAGUGUAUCAAAACUAAGGCCUCCCACCAUUUUGCUCUAUAAACACAUCCACUGACAGGAUGUAAUUUGAUGCACUUUAGUAAGUCUAAUAAAACUCCAAUGCAGGUUAGGGGCAUCUGCUACAACGCAUAAAUGGGAAUAAUUCCUUACCUGUUGUAAAUAGCUUUCUUGGUAUUUUCAUUUAGUAUACGUCCAAAUCAGCUGGUCCUGGUAGCAGAAGCUUGUGGCUAGUCCAAGAGGGGCCUAGGAAAAAUGUUAUUACCUUUUAAACUAUGAUCAAUUUUCCAUUGGGCAGUUAUUUACAAAGAGGCUGAUAAAUGUCCACAUGGGAAAUGGAGGUAGGAGGUGGUGCGCCACCAUUGAUCUUACUGGUUGAAACACGUAACAACAAAAUAAACUUGUACCUAACUUGUACAGCUAACCUAACAGAAAUGCAAGGCAGUAUACAAAUCCCUAAAGUAGUGUUUGCCUCAAUAACUAUAAUGUUUUUGCCUUUCAGACAGCUUUACUUUUCUGGUCAGUUACUCUGACCAGAAAUGCUUUCCAUGUUCUUUGCUCAUAUUUCACACAGGAAGAUCAUAGGUGGCGCACUGCCUCCGACCUCCGUUUCCUGUGUAAUUGAUCAAUGGCCUUUCUGUAAAUAAUAUUUACAUAAAGACUGUAGAAGUCUGCCCCUCUCUGGCUGGUCAUUAGAAUCAACCUUUAGGUCUAACCAAUUAGCAUUUAUAAUAAAUGAGGAAUGCUAGGGAAUUAUAUACUGCAGGUGGGAUAUGAGAACCAUCAGAACCUAACUUCAAAAAUCUAUUUCUUUAGGGUCUGUGGAGUUUAUUGUCAAGGGUGAGGAAAUUGUGGCUGAGAUGUUUACAUUGCUACAAAGCACAAAUAAAACCUUUACAAGAAAGAGUCCAACUAAAAAGGAAAAAAGAAUUUAAUGGUGGAUUUACGAGCUCCACCUAGAGGUUCUUUAGGACUUGCUUGGGCCUAUACAGAUAAUGUUCACUUUAAGUUUUUGGUGAGAUCUUUUUCAAGGGGAAAAUCUCUGGGCGGUUUUGAAUUUUAUUAAGCCCUAACUUAGCAAAGGUUUGCUAUUGAAGCUGGGAUUUGAUUUGGAAACAAGAUGUUGGCUCAGAUUAUUGCAGUCAAGACUGCCUCUUUGCUCAGGGUGGAGAAAAUGAGAUUAGCCAGAAGGCCAAUGAUGGUUGUUUAUGUUUCUGUGCUGCUGCUUCGAUGGCAUCAUGGCCUGAAGCAGCAGCUGUUAGGGGUUUGGUGUUAGUAUCAACCAUCUAAUUCUAGGGAGGCUGCAGAGAAAUUGGCUCCAAACAGGAUUUGAAAUCAGAUGACCAACUCAUUGUGGGGUGCUUUUUAUUUCUAAAUAAAAUUUUUGGUUUCUUGAUUUUUGACAAAGGUUGAUGAUGGAGGCAUGACCCUGAUACAGAUCUGAGUCAUUUAAGAAUGCGCAGUUGUUGAUUUAACUUAUUACAGCACAAAUAAGAACUACCUUCUCCCUCUACAUCUCUGGUUUCACACUGCAGUCACUGCUGUCUCUCUGUGGUAUUUUUGUUUAAAAGUGGGAAAGAAAAGUUUUGCAUUACAGUUAAAUGGCAUCUCAGAAAUGUAACCACAAGACGGUCCGCAUCAAGGACCGGGGGUGAGUAUUUGUGCUUACACCCUGCCAGGAGAAAUUGACUUCAGGUUAACACCCUGCUCCCAGCCUGCUGCCUUUGAGCUGCACAUCUGGUGAAUUUUCAUGCAUUUGUGGGUCUUUGAGUGCAACGGCCAUGUCAGCCUAAGCUAUACAGGGGUGUUGUUCACAAAUACAAUCCGGGGUUUCUAGACUUGGCUAGUUUCUCCCCUUAUCACCAUGGCAGCAAUCCUCUUGAUGAGUGCCUGAGAUCUCUAACAGCUUGUGGUCACCACCAAGACAGCAGCUUGGUAGUUCAAGAGGUGAGGGAGUACAGAGGACCAGUAAUCACAGAAGUUACAGAACACUGCUCUUCUUUACUCCGUGUGCAGAACUGGGCCUAAAUACUGACAAGUCGUGUGUACAUGCCUCCUGUUUUUUCUACACUUUUUCUUUGAUUUAUGCCGGUAUCCGUAUGAUAUGCAUGAGGAGCAGCGUAGAUACCACAUUUGUAGAGCAAUAUGCAAAUAAAACACGAAUUUAAAACCUUUCUCCUAUAGAUCAAAACAAGGGAUAGUGAAGCAGCUUGUAAAGCAGAAAGACAUUUCACAGCUGUCCAGACUUAUCGUGUGAAACAUGUUUGUAAGGAAGUGGGGGCAGUGUUUGAUUUUUCAGUUUGAAGUAGAGUCAUUGCAGUGAUGAAAUGAAACCCAUCCAAAUGAAAGGAGCAGUACGUCAUCCCUGUAAAACAAAAUCUAUAAAGCAGCGACAGAUCCAGCCGGGAUAAAGUUAUGUUUGAGGGCGGUCUGUACCGCCUCACUGGGCUUGCAGUGGUUUCUGUUUUAGAAAAAAAAAAAACGCCGUUCUUCAAAUUGGAGGAUCUGUCUCACUCAAGGACAUUUCUACAGAUUGUGGCCACUCAGCAGAUGUUAAAAGCACAGAGACUUUUAUGCGUGCAGACAGUGUGAUCGCAGAGCUCGCCAGUUGCUGUCCUAUUUUAUCAUAAUCAAACCUCAAGUCGGUAAAGAAAUAAACAGUCCCGAGGCUGAAAUUUAAUGAGAGUGGAUGUAUUUAAACAUCUCUCAAAGUCUUGGAGAGUCUUUAUGACUAGUACUCAACUCAGCGUUUUUUAUAGCGCUCUUAUAUCUCUACAACAAGGCACACAUACUUUGUUCUUCAGAAGUUCUCCAGGGGAAAAUUCAUGCCUGCAUGUCAGCGCAUUAAACCCCAUCAGACACUUGUCAUUUGUUAUUUAAAUCAAAUGCCUACAAUAGCUGAAGUAAAUCAAAUUGACUAAAUAAAAGGGGAUUUAAUUCAGUGGAGUGGAUCCCAGUUGUGCAUGAAUUAGGCUCUAACGUCUUCUGAGGCUGCCUUACUUUGUAUUAAAAUACUUCACAUGUUUGGAAAGAUCUUGUGAAUUUUAUUUCUAGUAGAAACUGUUUUAUUUCUAAAGAAUUGCAUAAAACCGUCUCUAAGAGCCUAAGGAAUGGGUGAGCAGAGCUAUGACUCUGUUAGUUUGUCUACCAUACUAAAAAGAAACCUAGGAUUCUUGUUUCCUAUUAAGAGUUAUCUCUGUUCUAACCUUGCAAAGAGGGUUCCUAAUCAAUGAUGAACUCACUUUCCAGAUUAAGACUCAACAGACCUCUGACUUUGCAUUAGAAAUCAAAGCUAGGAUUAUUCUUGUUCUGUCUUAUUAAUGAGUAAAAUGCUGCUAUACAAAUGAUUUUUCUUUACAGUAAUAAAAAGAACUCAGAUUACGUAGAAAUGUGUGACUCAACAGAGCUGUAACUGUGGUAGACUGGCCACUGUGUGAAAAAGGAACUUAGGAUUCUUCUUCUCUAUUAAUUAAUAUUAUAAGAUAUUCAUUUAGCCCUCUAAAUGUUUAGAGUGCCAUAUAUUUUCCUCCAAGUCAGAAUGAAAAUUUGGGUCUUUAGGAAAACACAUCCUAAAGACUUUUUUUUAUUUUUUUUUAUAAAAUACCUCAAAAUAAUAAACAUUACACUGGUUAAUUCUACGUAGCACUGACUGUUACAGUCUCCUUCCUUGUUUCUUCAUUUUGAAAUUCACAGCUUCUCACCUGUCUUCACCAGGACAUCAGUUUGCAUCUAUAUCGCAAUUAGCACUAUGCAACAAAUGAGGAGAUGAAAAACUGAAGAGAUGGAGGAGGCUGUAACAAAAAAACAAACAUUUGAGAAUAAUAACUGAGAAUAAAAAACAUGUGAAAUCUGACUGUUGAGACCAUCAUGUAAAUCCAGCCAAAUACAAACAUUUUAACCUCUUAAGAUUUAGAUUUGAUCUGAAUCCAGAUUAGUUUGUGGUAAAACAGUGAAGGGAAAUUAAGAAAACAUUUUUUUAACCAAUGAAUCCCCAGAAGGAUUAAAUAUGUCUACAGCAUAUUUAAGUCAUUAAGAUUUCAUAGUAUAUCCAGCUUAAGCAACAAAUGUCUUACCAAAGAUGUAAGCUUUAUGUUUUUAAUUUUUCUUAUCAGGUUUCUGCUGCAAUAAAUGUGGCUCCUUAAUUCUGUUGACUAGAACAGAUUUAUUAAGCAUAAAAUGCAAAACUAGAGAAGACUGAGUGUUGCUGCAGAGGGGUCUGGAGUUGCUAGGAAACAGCUCUCUCUGCAAGCUUUGAUUGCUUACAGUUAUUGAUAUCAGCAACAGGGAAUGGGCAUUUAAAGUAUGAAACCCGAGGUGUCUAAACUUAGAUUGUAAGUGAUAUGCAGGCAUACUUUUGGUUCAUUAUUAGUAGUUGGAUAUUGGCCAGAUUUUCUUGAAUUUAGUCCAACAUCUUGUAUUUUCUUUGACAAAAUUGUGAGUGAUUGAGGUGGGUGGGGAAUAUUCUUGCACAAGAUUUGAACACAAGGACAAAUAAAAAAAUCAUAAGUUGAACCAAUCCACUCUUUACAAUCUCUGAACCCACAAUGCGUUUAAUAUGUUUGUGGAGUUCAGCAUGUGCACAUUCUGCUCAGAUGACAUCCAGGGCUGUGUUGACCCCACCAUCUGUUUUUGUUCUGGAAGUGCAUCUGAUUGGCUGGCUGCGCACUCGGCCGACAUUCCUACAUGACUCUGGUCCCGUUCCAGCAUUGUUGCUUCCACUAAUUGAUCUUUACUAAAAAAAAAAAAAAAAAACAUUGGCAGCCAGAGGAAUGGAAAUAAAAAGAGAGCUGAAUGCAGGGGGCAUCAAGGAAAGGGACUAGAUUUUUAAUAGAGUACAUUCUCAAGUUUGUUGUUGAAGUCAUUACUUUUGUUUUUGUCUUUCUUCUGCGUUUUUUAUUUGGGUUUGAAAAGUGUGGAAUUAACAUUUCAUCAACAUCAGAAUGAGAUUUCUAAAUCAUAAACUUUACGAAGCCUUGAUUAAGGCUGAAAUUAAAAGGGGAAACGUCACAUACAGAAAAAUGAGUCACAUCACCUAAUCUCAAUGUGUCAACACGGAUUGAAAACUGGAGCUCAGUCACAAAAUGACUUUCAGACAAGUUUUUAACAUCAUUGUAGACCCAUAACGUUUGCACUGCGUUUAGCACAUUACUUAAAUUUCUCUCAUAUGCAAAUAGAAGAAAACACUCCUACUGUUGAUGUAUUUAUAAGGGUAUGUGAGGAUUUUUGAAGUGAGCUUCUGUCGAAAGUUUUUAAGCUAAUAAUAUUAGUCACAGCUUGAGGCUCAGGCUAAUGGCCAAUCCAGGAGGGGCUAAGACCAAAACAAACUCCUGCCAUUUUUAACCAACUCUGAUCUAAAAAAUGCCAAAGCAGUUUAUCCAAAGGCAAUUUUAUGCACAUUUAAACCUGUCAUGUUUGCAUUGGGCGGUUAUAUAGAAAAAAAGCCAACAAUUGUUUCAUGGAGAAUGUAGGUAGGAGGUGCUGCUCCACCAAUGGUCCUUCUGUGUUAAGUGCUUACUAUGGAUGGAAGAUUUAAGCUAUUAUGUACUAUAAUGGUGCAAGUCAGACCUGCAAUCUGAGGCCCGUGAGCCGCAUUUAGCUCUUUAGAUGUCCAGCCCUCUUGAAAAUUGUCCAUCGAAAUGGAAGUAUUAAUCAGAAUAUGUUGCUUUUAUUUUUACCUUUUGAGCGCAACGUCCUACCUACAUAAGGACCCUUGUACAAUCCUCCACCAGCGUGUCAUUGUAAGCACACAUUGCACUGGCAAAGAGAGACUGUAAGCCUGAGAAAUGCCAGCUCAAACCAAAAUAAAUAAUAUGGAAUGUAGAGUUUUUACAAGACCUUGACAGAAGUAAAGAAAUAGGCUCUGCUGAAGGUUUUUUCCUGUUAAAGGAGAGUUCUCUUUUCCACUGUAAGGUAAAUGGCUAUAUUUAUGUGUACAAAUAGGAUUUUUUUCAAAAGUGUCUUGAGAUUAUAGUAUUUGUUACCUAGUGCCAUAUGGAAACUGAAUUGAAUUGAGUUUUUUGUUAAUAAAAGUUUCAGUAGUGCAAUGACUCAGUGAAAAACUGAGUCGUAAAAGAUAAUUAUGAUAAAUAUUAGAUAACUGAGUAAACCUAGAGUGGUUCGUGCCACAUUAUUCAGUUGUAGUACCUAUUGUUGCCAAAGAGAAAAGUUAUAUUUAUACUUUACUGUCGAAUAUAUACCCCUGUUGUGUUAAUAAUCAUCAGUUUCUCUGAAUUAUUGCAUAAUGCGAACAUGACAACUGCUAAUGAUUCAUAAUAUAACAUUCACAUAAACUGCCAUGAUGUUUUGGAGAUUGGAGUAGGCACAAGAGGUUCCCCUUUAAUUGACAAAACUAUUACUAUGAUUAGAUGCCUUUAAAGGUGAAAAAAGAUAUUUAGAUCCACAAGGCUUUUUAGCAUGUCAAAAAGUGACUUUUCCUAAACAAGCCCUCUUUUUAAGGUUUAAGGUUGAUUAUAAUUAAAUGAAUUAGUUGCUAUCAAGUUGGGUUAAAAAACACAGCCAACUGGUGGUAAAGGUUAAUAAAAACAGCUAGCUUUCUCCAUCAACGAAAGCAUAUUCACCUGAGUGACGAAACUCAUUAAAUCAACGAGCAGUUCAGGGUUUAGUGCUUGUGACUGGGAAGCUGCUCCUCUGCAAACACGUCAGCUUCUACAUACGGAUGUCUGGAAUUUCUGGUAUGUGUUUGUUAGUCUUCGCGUUUCUGAAUGUGUUCCACAACAGAUUGUUUGGCUUUGGGGUGGGUAUUAGGCAAAUCAGGUCCAGAGCUUCAUAUGCUGUGUCACAGCAGAUGAUAAAAAAAAAAAAAACAUGAUGAAAGUCAGAGUGACACAGCAGAGAGACAGAUGGACGCAGUGACACACACAUGCGGGCGGACCGGCAAACACCUGGUUGCAGAUCGGUUCCCGUUGGAAACAGGAGAUGAGGGGAUGAGACUGACUGAUGACUUAUAAAGGGUAGGAGACAGACAGGCAUUUCAGGGAUUUUGCUCACUGUUUAGAUGAAUUGGAUCAGUACCCUCAACUGUGCCCAUACUUUGUUGAACCUGUUCUCAUCCAUGAAUGAGGAAGGAUUUGGUCAGUUUUGCUUGUGUGGAUUUAGGCCAGUUGGGCAAAACAUUAAAUGCCAUUUAGGUUGACAUUAGAUGUAGUGACCUGCAUUUAUUUAAGAUACAGACUUCCUUCCCAUAUUAAACUACUAGCUUAGCUGAUUCUGGGAAAUUAUUUAUGCUGAAUUACAUCCACGUUGUUUCUUCUGGCUCAGAUAUUGGCCAUUAUUAAGAUAAAGGUUUUAAUUAUCAGGUGAGAGUUCAAAACAUUCAGAAAGUAGCUCACUGGAAAAAAAUAAAAUAUUGCUUCUAUUUUAAUAUUUCAGAUCACUUCCAUCUGUUUAAAUUAUAGCUGGAGCCUGAGACCAUCACAUCAAGGCAUUAAACCCCCUCCACAACUAUUGGCACCCCUGAUAAAAUUCCUUUAAAACAUUUUUUUAUCGGAAUUACCAACUAAUUCUGCCAUCCAAAAUGUUGUUAUUUAUUAUUAUUUAAAGUGGAAUUUGAAACUUUAUUUUAUUGAAAACAAAAAGUUUUGGCAAAUGGUUAUUUUGUUGUAACAACUUCCUGACGUACAAAUAUCAACAAAUGGCAGCCUAACUUGAAUGGUAUGUUUUUCUUGUCUUUCCUAGUUUGAGAAGUGACCUAAAUAUCAAUGGGCCUUGUCACAGUUAGGCAGCAGUGUAACAGGUUCCAUGAAUUAUCAAUUAAUCAUUCUUGGACCCAUAUUCAACAGAUUAAAGGAAAGUGCUAAAUAGAAAAUGAUUCCUGAUGUUUUUAGUUUUUUCAAGAAUUUAAAGGACAAUAAUUGUGGUCCCAGGGAUUUUGUACCAUCUUUAUGUGGAAUAUUUUUUUCUAUAUAAUAAAUUUACUCAAAAGUUUUUUUUUUUCAGUGUAUGAUUAUUCUACUACAAGAGAUUAAUAAUAUAUAUAAGAGAUUAAUUAAUUUAAGGCUUUUGGUACAUCUUUACCAGAAAAUUCAAUAAAGGUCUGGACUGAUUGUUAGCAUUAUAAUGUCUGUGUAGGAAGAUUUGUUGGUUUUGUUUAACACUUUAGUUUCACUUGCAUGAAAUCUACUUCAUAAUCUCAACCUCCCUGCAAACUUGUUCCUGUGGCAGCCUGACCUGAAGAGUGACUGAGGUAGAGAGGGUGGCGGGGUUAGGAAUAAGGCGAAUGCAGGGGAGGGGACAGAAAAGUAAGGAAGUGAGUCUCUGGAGGGGGUUGAAUAUUCUACAAUCAAAAACAGAUAUGGAAAGAAGGAGGGAUUUUUUGCUGAAAUACCAGACUUUCUACGUUUGUGGUCUACUUUUGUUUUGGUUUUGAUUUGCAGUUUUUUUUAAUGCAGUCAGCUAAAGAGUGUUUUAUUCUGGGCCUUUUUUCUUUUUUUCAUAUUUCUGAUAAGAGUUUUUGUUAGGAAAGAGACGUGUUUCUUUCUUUUUUUUACAUUUUUACUUUUUGUACUUUGUUUUGUAAGUUCAUCUCAUUGGCAGCUUUGUCUUUAAUGUUCAUUGGUUGUUUGGAUGCGAUUGAUGAAGUUCCUAAGCCCUAUCUUUAGCAGCCUGUUAAUACUCGAUUUAACCAUUGCUUAUAUCUGCUUGAGUAUGUUUUAUGUUUUCUUGGAAGAGGUUCAGCUACAGAUGGCAGAAAUGAACCUAGCAUGUACACAGACACACGUAAACUCAUAAGGCCUCUAUAACAGUAAAGCCUCUGUUUGUUUUUACUCUGACUACUGUAUGCACUUGUGCCCCCACUGGUAUGUGAAUGUUGUGAAGACUCGUCCUUGUGUGACACACAAAGAAGAAACCCCAGGUUUUUUUUAUUGUUGUUUUUUUUUUCAAAAACAACCCAGGAUACUGAUGAUAAUACCCUUGUUAAGAUCAGUUUCUGUCACAAAGUUGCUGUUUGUGUCCUGUUCUCCCUCCAGAUGCAUAAAGAUGUCAAGGAAAUCUUUCCAUGUUUUUUUUUUUUUUUUUUUUUUGUAGCAUGCUAACAUCUCUACUGCCUGCAAAAUCAUGUUUUGCACCUUAUUGGAAGGAUGUGGUUUUGUUUUUUAUUUAUGCAUACAUACAUGUCUUUAUAUUUGGGGGUGUGUAAGCUGUUUAAAUUUGAUAAGAGCUAUUCAUAUAAUGUACGUUAUGUAUCUUAAACAGGGUUUUAAUUUAUUUUAAUUUCUUUGUGAUGACUUUAAUAUUGCUUUUCUUCUUCUUAACUUAUUCAGCCAAUGAUGUUUCAUUUAGCUCAGCCCCAGCAAUAAUGCUACAGGUUUCCAAAAUUUUAUUUUAAAUCUGAUUCCAACCCAUUGAGACCUGAUGCAGCAUGUAAACAAGCCUGACCCAGUACUGGUCAUUUCACCUGUAUGCCAUUUGGUAACUUUUCCAGGUAUAAAAUGAAGCCAUCCACCAGGUGACAUUUCAAACUGACCAUGCAUCAAUUUAUGCCCAAUUUAUGACUUUUUUGCUCACUUUAACAGACAAAUUAAAGUAAUUUUGUAUGAUAUGCUAAUAAUAAACUUCAAAACAAUGUGUUUUUAUAACUCCAAUAAAUAAUAACCACCAUCA